AUGGCGGCGGCCGGUGCGGCGACAGCGCUCACCGACGCAAAGGAAAAGGGCGCGUCCGAGUACCAGCAGCAGAAGAAGAUCGUGAGUGACCUGCUCACCAGUGCGGAAAAUGGCGACCUCCAGACGCUCGAGAAGACACUCGCGUCGCUGCAGGUGAUGGGCGUCGCGGACGUGAAAGAAGCGCUCGUGGACUUUAAAGACGCGCACAAGCGCACGGCGCUGCACUUUGCGGCUGCCAAAGGCCGUUGCAAAGUGGUCCGCUACAUUGUGGACCGAGCGCCCGAGUGCAUCGAGUGCGUGGACGAAGAAGGCGCGACGCCGCUGCUGUAUGCCGCCAAAGAGAACGAGUUCGCGGCGGUGAAGCUGCUGCUCGCGUACGCGGCCGACCCGAACGUGGCCAUGACGAACGGCACAACGGCACUGCACGAAGCAGCAGCGAACGGCAGUAUCCGGACUGUGAAACUGCUCGUGGAGCACAAGGCGCAGCUCGAGGCCACGACCAAGAACGGCACGGCGCUGCACUUUGCCGUGAGCGAAAGCCGCGAGAAGACAGUGGCGGAGCUGCUGCGGCUCGGGGCCAACGCUGACGUGACCAAUGCGGGCGGCGUGACGCCGUUGAUGCUCGCGUGUCUGCUGAACAAACCUGCUGUGGUCCAAGAGCUGCUGGAAGGCGGCGCAACGCUGUCGCUGACAAUGGACGGCGGGCUCACUGCGCUGCACAUGGCUGCCGAGACGGGCUUUGCGGCCGUCGUGCAGGCGUUCCUAACCUGUCGGCCCGACGACACCAGAGAAGCUGCAAACCGGACGUCGGAGGCUGGCGCCAAGCCGCUACAACUUGCUGCUGGCAUGGGGCACGUUGACAUUGUGACGCUGCUCCAGGCGAUCACCGAGGGGUUCCAAGAAGCCGACCUGGACAAGGUGAUGGUCGAAGAGAAGGCCAAGCUCGAUGCGUUCUACGAGCAGGCGGCCAAGACCGACCCUCCUGCUGCAGCUACUGAAGCUGACGCGCCAGCGCCCGUGACAGCAGAGGAGAAGCUGGCAGCCGAGACGCAGAAGAAGUUGGCAGCGAUUGGAAAGGAAGAGGACAUUGCAGUGCCCGAAGCAAAGGAAGUGGACGAAGGGACACGGGCACAAGCCACGCGGCUCAAGGACGACGGGAACAAGGCGUACCUGGCAAAAGAGUACGCGGCGGCGGUCGCGUUGUACUCGCAGGCGCUCGCGCUCGUGCCCACUAACGCAGCGCUCUAUAGCAAUCGGUGUGCGGCGCAUUUGGGGGCCGGCGACGCGGCACUGGCGCUGCACGACGUGCGCGUGGCGAAGAAGCUGCGGCCCGAGUGGCCCAAGGCGCUCUUCCGCGAGGGGCAGUGCCUCGAGGCGCUCGGGCUCUUCGAAGAGGCGGCGUGCGCCAUGUGGGCCGCCAUGCAGCUCGCGCCGGACGAUAAGCUGCUCAAGCGCCGCUUCCAGGCGUGCGUCAAGCGCGGCCGCUCGGACCACCAGGCGAAGCUCCAGGCGGCCGCGACGUAG